GCCUAUAAGAUUAGUAUUCCGCUAGACCUGGGAGGUGGUGGGUGAGUCGGGUCCCACGUCAGCUGAGUGAGUGUAAACAUUUAACUGUUGUGGUGGAGCUGCCUCCCACCUGCUGCCUCAUCACCAUGAUUAAGGCAAUACUUGUCUUCAAUAAUCAUGGUAAACCAAGAUUAACAAAAUUUUACCAGUAUUUUAAUGAAGAAAUGCAGCAGCAGAUAAUUAAAGAAACAUUCCAGCUGGUAUCCAAGAGAGAUGACAAUGUUUGCAAUUUUCUGGAGGGUGGCAGUUUGAUUGGAGGAGCAGACUACAAAUUGAUUUACCGUCACUAUGCUACGUUAUACUUUGUCUUCUGUGUUGAUUCUUCAGAAAGUGAGCUGGGAAUCCUAGAUCUGAUUCAAGUUUUUGUUGAAACUCUCGAUAAAUGUUUUGAAAAUGUUUGUGAACUCGACCUCAUAUUUCAUGUUGAUAAGGUUCAUUACAUCCUGAAUGAGCUGGUGAUGGGGGGGAUGGUACUGGAGACUAAUAUGACUGAAAUUAUCACAAGAAUAGAAGACCAAAACAAAUUGGAAAAACAAGAGGGCCCUUAUAAUUCUGCAUCUCCCUCAUCACUUAGAGCUGGGUUAGCAGCUGCUCCUGCACGAGCUGUAUCAGCUGUAAAAAGUAUGAAUUUACCACAGCAAAUAAAAGAUAUCAAGUUGCCUGAUCUCCCAGCUGCCAUCAAAGAUCUGAAGUUCUGACCACAGAUGUCAUCUGUGUGUAUUAUCUUGAAUGCACCAGUUAAUAAAAUAAGAUAAAUUAUUUUAUACUCUGUAGACAGAACUAGAAAGUAAACUUACCAAAAUGUU